UUGGAGAAUGGGCCAUCCCAACCUCGUACAUGCAAUUUUCCAUUCUCACAUAUAGGAGAAAGCCCAAGAAGAUUUAUUCCAGAAUGGUUCGAUGAGUUUGGAAGUUGGCUUGAAUACAGUGAAUCCAAAGAUAAGGCAUAUUGUUUUUGUUGCUUCUUGUUUAGAGAUAAGAAGGAUGCUGGAUAUGAAGCAUUUGUUGUUAAUGGUUGGAAUGGUUAUCAUAGGAAAGAAAGGCUAAAAUUGCAUGUAGGUGGUGUUGGUAGUUUACACAAUAAAGCAAUGAUGAAAUGCGAUGAUCUGUUACAACAAAAACAGCACAUUGAUGUUGCAUUCCAAAUUCAAAGUGAAGCUGGUAAGAAGGCCUAUUUAAUUCGGCUAAAUGGGUCUAUUGAUGUUGCUAGGGUAUUGUUAAAGCAAGGAUUGCCUUUUCGGGGCCAUGAUGAAUCGGAUGAGUCCCACAACAAAGGGAACUUCAGGGAAUUUCGUGAUUACACAGCGGAGCAAAAUCUUGCUUUACGCAAGGUAACAGGUAAAAAUGCAUCAGCUAACAGUCUUUUGGUAGCUCCUGAAAUCCAAAGGGAUAUUGUUAAAUGUUUCGCAAAGGAAGUGCUACAUUCUAUUCUAGAAGAAAUCGGGCAUGAUGUUUUUUGCUUGCUAGUUGAUGAGUCUAGAGAUAUUUCUUGCAAAGAACAAAUGGCUGUGGUUUUGAGAUAUGUUGAUAAAUGUGAAAUUGUGAAAGAGAGAUUUGUUGGUCUUGUUCAUGUGAGAGAAACAACUUCUGCCUACCUCAAGUCUUCCAUUGAUGCUUUAUUUGCAGAGUUUAAGCUAAGCUUAAAGCAAGUUAGGGGCCAAGGCUAUGAUGGUGCUAGCAAUAUGAGAGGCGAGUUUAAUGGAUUGCAAUCAUUGAUCAUGAGAGAAAGUCCUACAGCUUAUUAUGUUCAUUGUUUUGCUCACCAGCUCCAAUUAGUCCUUGUGGCCGUUGUGAGAAAGCAUAAAGGCAUUAGCGAUUUAUUUACUAGGAUUUCUGACUUGUUGAUUGUUGUGGGUGGAUCAUCCAAGAGAAGGGACUUGAUCAGAGAUAUCAAUCAUGAACAUGUGAGUAAGGCCUUAGGAUGUGGGCAACUUGAAACUGGGAUAUGAUUAAAUCAAGAACAAUGUCUUCAAAGACCCGGAGAUACUCGUUGGAGUUCCCAUUAUAAAACUC